AGCACAACCUUGGGAGCAAUCUUCCAAGAUGCUGGUUGUCCUGCUCACAGCAGCUUUGCUGGUCCUGAGCUCAGCUCAGAGACAAGAUGAAGAGAUCACCUACGAAGACUCAAAUUCUCAGCUCCUAGAGAGGGGAGAGAAGAGCCAAGGGUAUGGUCAUCAUUUUCCAAAACCACCUCCUGGAGGAAUGCCCCCAAGACCUCCCAGUUCUGAUGAAAAUAAUGAUGGUGAUGAAGAUGGCAGUGAGGAAGAUGUGAAUAGACCAGAGGGACCACCACAGCACCCUCCUCACCCAGGACACCACCAUGGUCCUCCCCAACAGGGAGGCCCACAGGGUCCCCCUAGGCCGGGAAACCAACAAGGCCCACCCCCUCCAGGCCCACCCCCACAGGGAAGCCCCCAGCAGAGACCCCCUCAGCCUGGAAAACAACAAGGCCCACCACCACAGGGAGGUUCUCAGGGACCCCCUAUGCCUGUAAACCAACAAGGCCCACCCCCAAAGGGAGGCCCCCAGCAAAGACCCCCUCAGCCUGGAAACCAACAAGGCCCACCCCCACAGGGAGGCCCCCAGCAGAGACCCCCUCAGCCUGGAAACCAACAAGGCCCACCCCCACAGGGAGGCCCCCAGCAGAGACCACCUCAGCCUGGAAACCAACAAGGACCACCCCCACAGGGAGGCCCACAGGGACCCCCUAGGCCUGGUAACCAACAAGGCCCACCUCCACAGGGAGGUCCUCAGAGACCCCCUCAGCCUGGAAACCAACAAGGUCGACCCCCACAGGGAGGCCCCCAGGAGAGACCUCCUCAGCCUGGAAACCAACAAGGCCCACACCCACAGGGAGGCCUACAGGGACCCCCUAGGCCUGGUAACCAACAAGGCCCACCUCCAAAGGGAAGUCCUCAGGGACCCCCUAUGCCUGGAAACCAACAAGGCCCACCCCCACAGGGAGGCCUCCAGCAGAGACCUCCUCAGGCUGGAAACCCACAAGGCCCGCCCCCACAGGGAGGCCCCCAGGGACACCCAAGACCUGGUAACCAACAAGGCCCACCUCCACAGGGAGGCCCCCAGCAGAGACCCCCUCAGCCUGGAAACCAACAAGGCCCACCCCAACAGGAAGGCCCUCAGGGACCUCCUAGGCCUGGAAACCAACAAGGCCCACCCCCACAGGGAGGCCCUCAGAGACCUUCUCAGCCAGGAAACCAUCAAGGCCCACCCCAGCAUGGAAACAAUGAACAGCCAAAUUACCUGUGGUCACUUUUUGCAUAACCAUCUGUUUCCUUACCAGAGAGAAGGUAAAUAAAUGCCCCAUUUUUCAUUCCAUGCUCUAAUCUUCAGUGAUGACCACCCUGUUCCUAGAGACAUAGAUCUUGGAUACAUCUAAAACAUGAAUAAUCUUUAUAAUUCUGUGGUGUAUGUGAUUUAAAUUCACUCAGUCAACUGUGAAACUCUAACAGAUUUAUCCAAGAAACUAAAAGAUAUUUAGGAUAUGUUGAAAUUACGCAGUGUAUCUUUCUACUACCAAACUUUGUUUCUUUGUUUAUUUAUUUCAGGUGAACAGAAGACAGAUGACUUCAAUACCAUUCUUAUAGCAGAAUGAUGUCAAUAAAAUAUUUAGCAUACA